AUGUAUGGCGCAGUGUAUGGUUUAGCCAGAGCGCGUCAUCGUUCAACGUUGGAUAUGGAGCACACCAAGAUCGUUAAGGGAGCUGAUGGAGCCGUUCUGCGCCGCUCUGGUCAGAUCCUGGAGAGGUGGCGAGAGUACUAUAAUCACUUGUGUAACGAAGGGUUCUGUCAUGCUCCCAUCCCAACUGUUCCCAGCGUCGAGGGUCCUGUUCUACCAAUUACUGCCGUUGAAGUCAGUGCUGCCCUCGCAAAGAUGAAGUCGAACAAGGCAACCGGUCCUGAUGACAUAUCUGCUGAUGUCUGGAAGCUGCUAGGAGAUCGAGGGUCCGUGUGGCUCGCAACUCUAUUUAACAAGUUCGCAGAAGGACGGACUCCAGACGUUUGGCCUAUACGACUGCUGUGCCAUACGAUGAAGGUUUUUGAGCGUGUGCUGGAAGCUCGUCUGAGGAAAACUGUUAGCGUUUCACUCAACCAGUGCGGCUUUGUGAAGGACCGCAGCACUAUAGAUGCUAUCCAUGCUGUCCGUAUCCUUUUGGAGAAACAUCGAGAGAAGAACCGCAGUGUGCAUCUUGCUUUUCUCGAUCUCGAGAAAGCUUUCGACCGUGUCCCACAUGAGCUGUUAUGGAUGUCCAUGAGGUCGCAUAGAGUACCAAAAGAAUAUGGGCGGUGGACGAAGCUGCUUUAUGCGAAGCCUACCAGGGUUGUACGAUGUGCUGCUGGAACAAGCAGGCCAUUCCCUGUACAAGUAGGGGUUCAUCAGGGUUCAACCCUCUCACCUCUGCUGUUCAAAUUGUGCAUGGACACGAUAACGAAGGAAAUCCAGAAGCAGCAUCCGUGGACUCUACUCUUUGCCGACGAUGUCAUGCUCGCGUCGGAGUCUCGAGAUGUUCUUCAGAAACAAGUACAGUCUUGGAAGGAUCAGCUGCAGCAAUAUGGAUUGCGCCUCAACACAUCAAAAACUGAGUACAUGGAGAGCGGACCAAGGAUAGAGGAUGGUUCAAUUCGUGUCGAUGGCACCGAAUUAAACAAGGACGGUUGUGCGUCCUGUUGCCCUUUACGGAUGCGAGUGCUGGCCGACGACGAAAGCCUUGGAAAGAGUGCUGCACGCUAUGGAGAUGCGGACGUUGAGCGAGAGGAAGAUUCCGUUGCCAAAAUCGCUCUGAAGCUCGACGUUUCAGGAGUGAGGCCGCGUGGGAGGCCAAAGAUUCCCUGGUUAGACCGUGUGAAGUUGGAUAUGAUAGAUGCACGUUUGUGUACGGCUGAUGCAAUGGAUAGAACCAAAUGGAAGACAAGAAGCAGAAAAGCGGACCCUGCAACAACGCGGGACAAACGCUAG